CUGCCGGCCUCCCUGCCCGCCUCCCUCCGUCCUUGGCUGCCCCGAAAUGGCGGCGCCCGCCCCUCCGCCGCCGCAAGAAGACGCCGAGCUGGAGCAGCUGCUGGACAGUGCUCUUGAUGACUUCGAUAAGGCCAAGCCGGCUCCGGUGCCAGCCACGCCCCCGUCCACUGAUGCCGUCGGGGACAGCAGCAGCUCCGAGAAAUCGCCUGGGGAUGCAGCCAAAGACUCCCUCUUUGCCUCGCAGGAGAAGUUCUUCCAGGACCUCUUUGACAGUGAGCUGGCCUCGCAAGCCACCGCUGAGUUCGAGAAGGCCAUGAAGGAGCUGGCCGAAGAGGAGCCACACCUGGUCGAGCAGUUCCAGAAGCUCUCGGAGGCAGCGGGACGAGUCGGAAGCGACGCCGGGUCCCAGCAGGAGUUCACUUCCUGCUUGAAAGAGACGCUCAGCGGCUUGGCGAAGAACGCCGACGACUUGCAGAACUCGAGCGUGCCUGAGGCAGAGCUGGCGAAAACCCUGGAAGGCCUGGGCCUGGAGGAGGGCGACGGAGAAGGCAACCUGCUGCCCAUCAUGCAAAGCAUCAUGCAAAACCUGCUCUCCAAGGACGUCCUCUACCCCUCCCUCAAGGAGAUCAUGGAGAAAUAUCCAGAGUGGCUGCACAGCCAUCGGGACUCCUUGCCCAAGGAGCAGUACGAGAAGUACCAGGAGCAGCACAGCAUCAUGGGCAAAAUCUGCGAGCAGUUUGAGGCGGAGCAGCCCACGGACGGCGACACGGAGCAGAAAGCCCGCUUCGAAGCAGUCCUGGACCUGAUGCAGCAGCUCCAGGACCUGGGACAUCCUCCUAAGGAAUUGGCCGGAGAAUCGCCGCCCGGCCUGAACUUUGACCUGGAAGGACUGAAUCUGCCAGAGGCUGCCAGCGCGGCUGGAGAGCAGUGCCGGAUCAUGUGACCCCUCCACCCACACCGAGCGGAUGGAGAGGAACGCGGCGGCGGCGGCGGCGGCAGAGACCAGGAGGGGAGUUGCUGCCGGGUGGCUUUUUUGUUUUUUGGAAUCACCAGGUGCCUAAGGGGGGGCGGGGGGCGGGUGGGGGCGGCCUGACUCUGUUCAUGUACGAUGUGCAGUUUUAUACAAAUCCAAACAGGAGGGGCUGAAAUGUGCCUGAGGGCUGCCUGCCCUCCGGUCUCUGCCUCUGCUGCUGCCACCCGGCACCUCGAGAGGAGUCACUCAGCCUCAUGGGCCUGGAGGCCACAUUGGACUUAUGGACAGAUCCAGCUGGCGGGUUGGUGCUGCCCUGCCAGCCUUUGAUGGGACACGCCAGAUGAGAGAAGCCGUCCCUUGCAGGCAAAGGGAGGAGGAGGAGGAGGAGGAGGAGGGGGAAACGCCUGCAGAGCAAAUGCCCCCUUGGGUGGUGGUGGUGGUGGUGGGGAAGUUGGGGUCGGGGGCGUUAGGGUUUGUGUGGCUCUGCUGCUCCCUUUCCGAAGCUGCUCCUCUUAGGCAAACUGGCUGCAUCCGUUAUUUUUGAGUCACACAACUCCGUACGCACUGGGCCAGCAGCUCCUCUGCACCGAGCACCCGGGAGACCCUUGAGCCAUGGGGAAGGAGUCCGUUGCUGGUGGGUGCAGCACAGUCCCAGCAACACUCGUGGCUGGCAAACUCCGCCGGCCUGGGGCUGAGGCGAUGGCGGCCCACGCUAACCUGCCCUCGGCCAUUCCUGCUCAGUGCAGAACCAGCUGCCUUGGGUCCAGCUUUUCUCCUCCCUGCUGCUUUUAAUUAAUCUCCCCUCCCCUUCCUGCCCACCAUGACUUUAACACUACUUCUUUCUUGGCCCCUGCCUACGCUGAGAGGCUGCUGGGGGCAGAAUUGGCUGCUGCCCCUUAGGCAGAGCGGAGGGCCUUGGGAAAUGGGCUUCGUGGUGGGAGGAAGGCCGGGUGGACAGGUUCUCUCUGCCAGGCCUGCGGAGCGGGGAAGCUGACUCCAGCGGCGGCGGAUUUCUCACUCCUUCCCUGGUGGGGAAGAAUUUUGUGGAUUUUUUGGUAAGGCUACUUAUUCAAAUAAAGGUGGAAGUUGAUCCUUUGA